CGGCUUCCGUAGACAUUCCUCCGCUGUCAGUGAGUGUGCGGUGACAGACAUCCAUCGGUGAGCCACCAACCCCAGCUCCAAAGUGUGAACUAUGGAAGAGAUAAAUAACAUUGAAGUUGUUCCGUGCACAGAGUCCGACUAUCUCAAACCUUUCCGGGUGCACUAUAACCAGAAUGGCACAAAGAAAUCCUGGGACUUCAUGCGAACCCACGACAGUGUAUCAGUGCUGAUCUUCAACACCACCUUACACUGUUUUGUCCUCGUCAAGCAGUUUCGUCCAGCUGUUUACAUGUGUGAGUGGGAAAAGUCCAAGACGCAGCCUCCUCAGUCUGCUGAGAAAAACGAGGAGGGUGCAGCUGAAGCUGAAGCUGCAGCCCCGGCCUCUGAGUCUCAGGAGGGCCAGUCAGCCUCAGAGGGGGAGAGCUCCUCUAAGCAGCCCCCGGCCUCUGCAGGGGUCACCUACGAGCUUUGUGCGGGCCUGGUGGACAAACCUGACCUGUCCCUGGAGGAGAUCGCCCGUCAGGAGGUGCUGGAGGAGUGCGGCUACGAUGUGCCUGCCUCCAAACUGAAGAGGAUUACUUCCUACAGGUCAGGCGUCGGCGUAACGGGCUCAAAGCAGACCAUGUUUUACGCCGAGGUGUCUGAAGACAACUGCGUGAGCGCGGGUGGAGGUGAGCCUCGGGAGGGAGAGCUUAUCGAGGUGGUCAAAGUCCCGCUGCACGAGGCCAUGACGUUUGCGUACGACGAGCGUAUACCCAAAACCAUGGGAGUCAUUUUUAGUUUCAUCUGGUUCCAUAAUAACAUGUCUCCCAAGUACAAGAUCUCUACCAAUGUGUAAUUAGUAUUAAUCAACUAUCUUUAUACGGUUUAUUCAAAUCAAAUCAAACACCGGCCCAGCACAUAAUCCACUCUCCCCUUUAUCGCUCUUCAUCCUGUGUUGCCUUUUUAUGCUCAUUGGUACAUGAUGAAAGGUGGGCCCCUUGUCUUGUUGCCAACAGCUAACUUUACUUUUUGUCCUGUUUACCUUUUCAGUAUAAUGUGGUCUUAAGAUUUUCCCUCAAAACCAAUUUGCCAUUGCUGGUUGUCACUGGCACUUUUUGUCUCUUCUUGUUUACUUUUUAUUUUUCUCAGUUACUGUGCCAUCUGUUACAAAUGGCUGCAUAUCACUGAUUUCAUCCUCCUGCCCUCGAUUAAAGGAAUAUUCCACUGCUCUUAGUCUAGGCUAUUGAAUGUUUCCUAAAGGCAAAAAAAAACAAAAAACUUAAAACAUCAGCCAAACAACCUUACAAUUCUUUCUUAUAGUUCAAUUGUUCUCACCAUACUACAACACCCAGGAUUCAUUGCAAACUAUUUAAAGCCAUGAUGCUAACCAGCCGAACGUCACUGGUUAGCAUUGUUAGCUAACAUUUUACAUGCUGAUAUUUCAAUUUGAUGUAAUGCAAACAUUUCUACAUGACCAACCAGGUGUUUGCAUUUUGACAUUACGUGUGAAAUGAAACAUGGCUACUUCUUUUUUUUAAUUGGUCCUGUGUUGAAACAGAGUAGAAUAGAGUUAAGGAAAAUCAAACCAAACAGUGGAGUAUUUCUUUAAGCCAUGAUCCAGUAAUGCAAAAACUAUGCUAGUCAACGGUGGGGCCUUGUACCAGUCGAGGUGUUAGAUGGGUUUUUACCGCCACUUGUUCAAGCCUCAGUUUAGUUCUCUGACCUACAGCCUUUAAGCAAUAUUUAUCAUAUUACCCCCCUGGGCGAAACAGAUCACUCACUGAUCUCUACCCCUCGACUGUAUUUAUUGAUGGUCGACGUGUCUCCUCCUCCUUUUGUACAAAACUGAAGCCAAAAAAAAAAGAACCCACCCUAAAAAGAAACACAGUUAACUAACCGAUGAAACGGCAGCGAUCCCUGAGGUCGGUAACGUCCGGGGUGGAACAGAUUCUUCUGUCAAUUUGAAGAAGUUCAAUGACUCUCGUGUUAGGGUUAGUUAGGUUUCGACUUCUCAAAAUAUUGAACACUGAGGAAUAAAUCGGCGUGUCCAGAACUAUCUAGAAAGACAGAAAUCAUGUUUGAUAAAAAAAAACGAUCAAAUUUUAUAGUUGGACCCAUGUCCCAUCUGUUAACAUGGAGGAGGCGGAGCUUAUGACCUACGGUGCAGACAGUCAGGAGGGGGAGCUCCAAAUGUCUUGGCUUCACUUUUGCGGAGAGCUGUCAUGUCGUCCAUCUUUUUAUACAGUCUUCGCAUCAACCCUUAACACUCCUAGAAAAAUCUACCUGUGGACAAGAUUAUCAAACUUCUUAUUCCACAAUCAAAGUGGAAAAAUGAUCAUGGAAUACGUUGCUCCAAGACACAAGAAAAGCAAACCCCUUCCACUACACCGAGGGGGCUUCAUUUUGAUUUGUCUCCGUGUUGACGCUCACAAGCACUAAGCUGCGGUGAGUCAUGUCAGAGGAAAUCAGAAAACUGACCGCUAACAUGUUGGUGUAUCCUGAAAUCCCAUUGACAUGGAAAGGAGUGCUUUGAAGGAGGUAUUCUUUCACAUUCUCUUACAUAUUAUUUAAGACUAGAAAUACAGUAGACGAAACAUCAUAAACCCUCCAGAGAGUUCAUUUUACCCACUGAUGUAGGAGCGUAUUUAAAAAGGACUCGAAACCAUCUAAGAGAUUGCCUCCGAUCAUAAUUCAUGACGGAGAUUCAGUGUCGCAAAUAUUGAAAGGUCAUCAACACACAAACCUGAUCGCACAAAGUGAAUCUCAGCAGCAGUUUGCCAAAAUCUCAGGUCCAAAUAGUCAAACUGCUGGUUCAUAUCCAGGGUGGACCUCUGGGUGUGAAAAACAACCAGCAUGUUAGUACAUAUUAUCAAAUCUAUCGCAGCUUAAUGGCAACAAAGUUCUUACUAUUCUUAUUACAUGUUAGUUUUUUAAAUUCAAAAAGGGCUGGUACUUCAUUGUUAGUUAAUAUGUAAAAAAGAAAGACCCCCCCUCCCCCCCUUUACCUAGUAGUAGAUUUCUUAAAAAGUAUGCAAGUUCUAAAGAUGAUGAAGCUUUAGAAAAUUACAGCUAAUUUAGCACAGCUUGAACAUGUCAUUAGUCACACAUUACUACAAAUAGAUCAUAAAAGAACUACAACUGCACGCUGAAGGAGAGCUCAACUCACUUCGGGUGCACUUGCAGAGUUGGAAAACGUGCGUGAGAAAAAAGUGAAUGAAUUUUGACGAGAAAAUCCAUUGAAAAAAAAAAAUCCUUAGGCCCCCGUGUCCACCUAGCGUUUUUUUCUGGGCAGAAAAGCGUUCGCUGUGCGCGCCGUAGAGCUCGCAUGAAGCGGUUUGUGCGCUGAGAAGAAAAGCGCUGCACGUCCGUCCUGUCUCUAUGACAACAGUGCGUUGACUACGGCCACUGUAUGUCCGACGCGACUCUGUUACUUUUUACCGUAUGUUUUUUUUUUUUUUUUUUUCCCGUUUAUCAGACGCGGAGCAAAGAGCUUUGAGAUUUGGAAAAGAGCGCCGGUGACGUCAACAGCCCCAACGAUUUUCAACUCGAGCGGUCGGAGCGGCCGCACAAAAAGUUGAAGCGCUCGUAGAAAAAGGCGCUGGGCUCUGCGCUUUUUCUCCAGGCGGCCGCUUUCUGCUGCCAAAGGCCUCUACUCAUAGAAAACAAUUUUUAAAAAAAGACGCUUGCGCCCAGAAAAAUGUUGCGCUAGGUGGACACGGCGGCCUCACUUAACGAAAUGAAAAAAAAAGUGCUGUAGGUUUUUAUUUGUACGACUUUUAAGUGCAAUGUUUCUAAUUGUUUUCCAGAGUAUAAAAUCACAACAUGAAAUCAUGAAUCUGCCAUAUUAAACAAAAACAAAUCAAUUUACCGCUGUACUCGA